GAUAUUGGCCUUGGUAUAAAACCACAGCAACUAGAUCUCUAUCACUAAAGUAUCAACUUGACACAAGAUAGUGAGAAAGUGUAGCGAUUCACUUAUCCUGUCAGUCUUUACAGCUAAACUGAGACGUAACUUCGCACGGCACGUACACAGUCCUAUUCGAGCCUACAAAAUGACCAGUGUACAACAAUACAGCAUCGAUAGCAACCUCCCCUCCAUGAACCUGGACACUGUGAUACCUCCGAAUGUACUCAACAGGCGGCGUCAUGCCAUCAGCAGUACUGGAUUGGGAAUCGAGUCUCUCUAUUCGUCCGAGCCACGGAUGAAGAGACGUAAUGCCAUCUCCUAUGAAAAUGAUGAUUCAGCCGCAAAAUAUAUACGAUUCUUAGGCCGUACUGCUGUAGGUGAUGCCACCAUCAUUACCACCACCGAUGCCCUCAUCUCCACCAGUAGACCCGCCAACACAGUCAACACAAUACCCAGAGUUUUCAGUCUCCCAGAACUGCCAAAUUCUUACAAAUUGAGUCCCUCCAUCUCUAGGAGGCGUGGCAGACGAGGGUCCUUCCAGCAGACCACCCCCUCCAAGUGCUACAGAGACACCUUGAAGGGAUCGGCAGUGCACAGAUUUGACUGCGAGGGACAAGCCAGGAUCAUUCAGGACACUCUCAUAAAAAUUGACAGCUGGGAUUUCGAUGUGUUUGCUGUGAGAAGAAUAACUGAAGGAAGACCACUUUUCUACAUCGGUCUACACCUGCUACAGAGACACAACGUCUUAAAUCUUGAUAUUUUGAAAACCAUGAAGUUCUUAGCCAUGGUUGAAGAAGCCUACCAUCCUGACAACUACUACCAUAAUGGGACGCAUGCUGCUGAUGUGACUCAGGCUCUGCAUUGUCUGCUGAGUGAGCCAAAGUUGAAGGGCCACCUCACUCCUAUCGAGUCCACUGCAGCCAUACUGGCAGCUAUCUGUCACGACCUAGAUCACCCUGGUGUCAAUCAGAACUUCCUUGUCAACACAUCAGAUUAUCUCGCUGCUAUUCACGGGGGCAGCAGCAUUUUAGAGAGACAUCAUUGCCACACCGCCAAGGCCGUGGUCAAGUCUACUGGUCUAUUGGAUCAUCUUACACCCGAGCACAGGUUUGAGAUUAUGUCUCUAAUGGAGGACCUAAUACUAGCCACUGACGUCAGUCGACACACUGUUUUCAUGACCCAGCUUGAGGAAAUGAUAAUUUCACCAAGUGGGUUGGACUUUUCUAAAAAGGAGACGAGGCACUUCAUUUUAAUGAUUGCAAUCAAAGCUGCGGACAUCAGCAAUCCAACCCGGAGUCUCCCGAUAAGCAGGGCUUGGAGUGAGCACAUUAUGGAGGAGUUCUUUAGACAAGGUGACAAUGAGAGGUCAAUGAAACUGCCCAUCUCUUUUAUGUGUGACAGAACCACCACAGCCAUCCCGAAGUCACAGUCAGGUUUCUUCGAAUACGUUGCCCUUCCCCUGUUCAAAGCCUGGUCUAAAAUCUUCAAUUCUCGACUCUCUCUCAUGCUUUGUAAGAACAUAGUUAGGAACAAGGAAUACUGGGACUCCCGUCAACCUAAACCUGAGUCAGACUCAGAAGACUCCUCAUAAACUCUGUCUGUGUGUGUGUGUUGUGUCAUUCAUUAUAUAUUCUGUGCUUAUACUGAUGUUUUGUGUGCUGUUCCUAGCCCCCUCUCUAUACACUGCACCCCUCAUUGCUGUCUCUCUCAUUUUUGCACCAUAAUAAUUAUUAUAACUAUUUAUUUUCUCAAUCCAUGCAACAUUGACUAUUUUCACACAAGUUGACAGUAAUAAUUUUUGAGCCAAAAAUUAA